CACCUAAUGGUAAGUGAUGAUCAGGCCGAAGGUGGAAGCGAGCUUCACCCGGAAUCCUCAGUUAUGAUAAAAAGUAUCUUUGAAUUGUAUUAUGUCAAAACAGACAGGGCAAGAACGACGAGAGAGCGCCGGAAAGCAGCGCGGUCAUCAAGAGGCCCGUUAUUAGCUCGGGCAUCCACCUCAGGCCAAACGCCAGCACGGGUAUCAACCUCACGCCAAACUCCAGCACGUCAUUCUGCCAGAAAUGCUCCAGAUGAGUCGAGGCUCUCAGUAUUGAAAAUUGAGGAAAUGAGAGCCCAGGCUCAUCUGGAGAUGGCGAGAGGCUUUUCGUCGAUAGCUGAAAGCUUUAAGCUCAUCGCCGAAAGCAUGGCCAGGAUGAGUCAGCAGAAGAAAAUGAGUACUGCGGAAUGCCGCGCUUGUCUACUGCAAGUGCAGACUGGCGAGUUGCACAAUUUAUUCCACGCCUGGAACUCGUCAUGGGCAGGCAUGAAGAGUACAAUCGCCGAAGACUUGUCACUAUUAACUGAAGUACAGUUUACAGAAACAGACAAACAUUCCAAAGUCAUAUGUACAUCGUGCUGUGAAAAUUUGAUGAAGGCUUGUAAAUUUAAAUUGCUGGUGCAAGAGAAUGACAAAAUGUUAAGACAAAGGUGUCCUGAAACGGAAAAUCAAUCAACGGAUAAAGUAUGGCCACAACCGAUACAAGUAGACAAGAGCAUCACCGGCGUAUACAGUGAGCCUUUGCAAGUUGAAAUAAAGCAAGAAGUGUUGACGGAUGACGAGAAUAUGACAAAUGGAGAUGAAGGGUACAGCAAUGUUGACUGCCUUGACAUGAUUAAGAUAGAACCCGAGGAAAUUGCAGCGCCAGUCACAAACGCACCAUCAUCGUUCCGGGUAACAGACAUGAAUGGACAAGAAUGUCUGGAAGAAGAGGAUGAACCUUCGGUGGACAAAACGGAUCGGCCGGUCCAAGACAAAGUUUCAAGUGCUGAUGCGUCUAAGAAAACUGACGGCGUUACGAAGGCAGCUGCGCCACUGACACACGCUGAUGUGAUGGUAGCAGUAGCAGAAGCACUGUCAAAACCUGUAGAGGUACGUAAAGAGGCACAAAGAGUAACGCCUGAAGUAUAUCCCUACGAGGUCGAUCUGACAGUAUCUCCAAACUCUCCUGCGCCUAACGAUACACACUCUGACAAUGCCAUCAGAAAUACGGCUAACAAUCCAGGCCCUAUAGUUGGAACAGAAUCAAAUGCGUCAUCAGUUACUCAUGUGCAGGAAUCAACACAAAAUAUUGAUGGGCAAAAUAACACAGAAAAACAAACAUCCGUUGAUCGCACGAGUGGAGAUAUAUCGAACGAUGCGGCAUGCGAAAAAAGAAACGAAACGAUAUUAAUUGAAUUAGAGCCAGUAUUAACUUGUUCCGAUUCCGAUGUUGAAGUUAUACCCUCGACGGUGACAUCUCAUUCUGGACGGAUAACAGAAACCAAUACGAAUGACUCAUCAGUACCUACCCGUUCAAAAGUAAACACAGAGGUACCAUUAUUAACUGAUCAAAGAGGAGUUGAAACUCUAAUACAGCGAGUGAUAGAUGAGAAUGUUAAGGAACUAAAAUCACAUCUUAAGGACGAAGAAUCACAAUUACUUUCGCCAAAAUCAGAGCCCUCAGAUGCCAAUGACAAUUUUGAAUUUGAAAUGAUUUCAUCAAACAAAGAACCGUCAUUCGAAAAACUUAAAGCAAAAGCUGUACCGAAACUGACAUCAGAGUCCCAAAAAAUAUUUGCUGAGAACACAAACUAUGGGUUAUCCCAAAAAUUAGAUAGCUUAUCGGAGACAGUAGCAACGGUGAUAGAAAAUCAAAAAUCCUUAGCGGACACACAAGAGAAAAUACUAGCACACGUCAUGGGGAUGAGUUCACAAUUCGAGCAGUUCAUGAAACAGUCGCAAAUGCAAACUUCGCACCUUAAAACCAGUACACGCUUGGAUCCAUUCAUUAAUCGUAGGACAAGUAAUAUUAUACCGCUACAACCAAUGCAAGUUUUUGAACAAUUCAAGCCCAUCAGUAAUCAAGAGGAGAUGGCGGCUUUCGAGGAUUCCUUGAAAGAUGAAGCGUUUGGCGCUGAACUUCGGAGUAAGUUGCUACCCUUAUGUGCUUCGGGGAAAGGGAAGGCCAUAAGCAACGCUUACGUGUACCUGGAUGUGUUGUUCGAAAGAAAAUUCCUCACUCGAUGUUCAUGGAGCGGUGGUUCACGCGAUGACAACACAAAGCUGUGCUUCAAAUUUUACAAGCGCACUAUAAUCUUCUUCUUCUCUCUGGUUUAUACGACUGAUCAAACGUUCACUUUCGCAGAGUGCGAGGAAUUUAUUAAGCGGGUUUUAAGGAAUUCCAACAAACGGGAAGCUGCUAAAAUGAUGAGAGCUUCCACAUCUAGACGCAGAGGCAAGAGGCGUAAGAAAGUGGAGGAGUGUGACUCCGACGAUAUAUCGCAAGAGAUAGAUGAAACCCAGUUCCUGAAUACUUUGAUCACGGCUUCGGGCUACGAGGAGACUGUGCGGGAGGAUGUGACUUAAUUUAGUAUUAAAUCCUAUAUUCCAUGAAAAUUGAGGUGUAAGACAAUCAUGUAUGUUAAAUUUCUAUGUUCUAUAAUAU